UGUCAGAAAAUGAGUAAUACAGUGACCAUUACUUGUCAUGAUCAGGGUUCAGGGACACGGACUUGACUUGUAUAUAAAAACCAAAUGCACGAGGAACCAAGUUGAGCAGUUUUGUUGUUAGUCCUGUGGGCUGUAUCUCAAAUUGAUAUGGAACAACAAAAGCAUUAUCCAUGGGAAGACCAACAACAAGAUGAAGAAAAUGAUGAAGCUUCGCAACUGCAAGGAAGGCAGUCUCGCCUCCGCAACAGCUCCAAUGUACGCAUUGUUGUUCCUACUUACAACGGACAUCAAGAAGAAGUGAAAGAAGCGAGAGCAUAUUCAAAUCAUGACGAGCUUUACAAGGCUGCUGCUGGGUUUGCAGAAGAAGAUAAGGAGGGCACUAUUUCGAAUGAGAUAAAUCAUAAAAAAGAGGAAUGGGACAUUCAAACAAGUUUAACCACCGAGGUCAGGGUCAGCAAUCAAAAUUUUAAAAUAUUGGAGGAUAAUGAAAUCAUAUCAGCAAUACAAGUGGCGUCACGUGAAGAAGAAAAAACAAUUAGUUCUGACGUGCAUCUUCAUAAUACAAAUGGAUCAAAUGUAGAUGCUGACUUAAUUGAAGAGAUUGACCACCCGGAAUUGACCGAAUUUGAUGUUGAGGAGGUAAUAAAGAAACAAGAUACGCAUGAUUUAGUUUGUCCCAAGUGUAAGUCUUGUAUUACCAGAACGGUAAUCCUUGUUCGAAAGAAAAAGCCAAAAUUUGUAGUACCUAUCGGUGGACGCAAUAAAACAAAGCCAACAAGAAAGCCUGAAGCCCCGUUAGAUGUUCGUGAAGACACUGAACAUACUUUUUCAAAUGUUCCUCCAAAAACUGAACCUCUAAUCGACAAAAGAAAAACUGAAGAAGAUGUGUAUUUCAGGUGCCUAUCAUGCUUCAGCUUUUUCAUUCCUAGAGAUGCGAAUAGGAAGGAAGAGGCAGCCGGAAGUGAAAGUGCUGGAGCAAAGGCAUAUUGGCCCUGGUCUUUUUUUAUACCAAUCACCAACAAGAAAACAGGUAAUAGGGUAUCGGACCCCUCUGAUCAUAUAGAAGAGAAGAAUGAAGGCAAUAAGCAACCUGUAAGAGAUUUCCAUGUUAAUUCUCCGCAAGGUGAUCAAGGUGGAUUGGAGUUUAUCGCACCUGCCCAACAUAUUGGACAAAUUUUACCCUCUGAAACUUUUGAUGGUAGCACUCCUAAAAAUACUGUAAUUCCUUCAAAACAAAAACAAGAUGAUGCAAUGGUUGGAAACAUCACAGGAGGUGAUGUUAUUUUACAAGUGGCGUCCGAGCCUGGGAGUACUACAGGAGUUGAAAUUAGAGAAGGCCAGGGAUGGGAUAUCUUAAAGAGUAUUGUUUAUGGUGGUUUAAUGGAAUCAAUUACAAGUUUAGGAGUAGUGUCUUCUGCAGCAGGUGCUGGUGCCACCACAUUGAACAUUUUAGCUAUGGGAUUGGCAAAUUUGGUAGCUGGACUUUUCGUCCUUGGUCAUAAUCUUAGACAAAUGAAAAAUGAGCAAUAUGGAGAGAAUCCAAACCAAUUGAAUGAAGAAGGUCGAUAUCAAAAACUACUUGGACGAAGAGGAAACUUCCCACUUCAUGCAAGCUUAGCAGUGAUAUCCUUCCUCUUUUUUGGGUUGCUGCCACCUGUAAUCUAUGGCUUCUCAUUUCGUGAAAGUGACAAUAAGGACCUGAAACUAGCAGUUGUUCUGGGUGUAUCUCUUAUAUGCAUUAUUCUACUUGUUAUUGCCAAGUGUCAUGUUAAUAAGUCACCCCCAAAAUCUUAUAUCAAAACAACACUAUACUACUUAAGCACAGGGGUUGUGGUAUCUUGUGUGUCGUAUUUAGCUGGAGAACUAAUUGAUAAACUCAUGGAGAAGUUGGGUUGGUUCGACUCAACUGCAACUUCAACUCUUGCCAUAUCAUUCAUAGAGGCGUCUAAACCUAUGGAAUCCACAUGGGCAUCCUUUUGAAGUCUAUGCAACGUCUUUUUCUGGGA